CUGUCGGAGAGGAACGUCUUUUUUGUUUGCGCGCGGUUCGUUUCAUCGUCGAUGAAACACACACGUCAAGUAAGAGGAGAUCUUUUCGAAGAUUUCGAAUGUGCGCAAAAAAACGGGAACGAAAAUAAAAGAGCAGCAGCUUGCAAAAAGGCUGGAUCGAAGGUUUGGCAUGUAGAGUAUAGAGAAAAUUGUCAGCUUCUUGUUCGCUGGAGAUUUCAUUGAAUAGACCUUUUGGUAGUGUACCCGAGAAAAAAGGACCCGCAGGGCCUUGGAGUAAUCCCGUAGAACUCCUAGCUCGCACAAAAGGAGCGAUUCAAUUCAGCAAAAGCGAGAAAAGAUUCAAAUUACAACUUUUUUUUAUGUAAAGGAUCGAAUCCAAAGAAAAGGGAACACAAAAGUGCGAACAAGUAGAAAAGAAUUUCAUCGAUUCAAACAAGUUCGUGGAAAUUGCUCAAGUGACAAGCGAAACAAAUCAGGAAGGAGAUUACGCGCAUUAGUGAAUCAAAUGACCAAGCGAAGCAGUGAAAGGUGUGUGCGAUAAAGCUCGCGAAUUAAGGUGAUAAGUCAGUGAUUCGACAUAAGUCCGUUCCAACACGCCGCGUUAUGCAAUAAUCAGUUAUAAUAGUUUCGUUCUUACCGGACGCCCGUUGUGGACAGAGGAACAGAGCCAAGAAAAGCCGAUGAUGGAAAAGCUGCGACAAGUGGUGAAGGCGUGAAAAUCCUGUUGUCGGCAGAAGAAAGUAAUCUGCGACAAAAGUGGUGAUCAAACUGUAGUGCAAUUACAGCCUACCGAACACGCGGAAAACGUUAUUACCAGCCGCCCGCUCGCGUUUGUGUGAUAAUUUGUGCAAUUGGUGGGGCACAAAAGGUUUUGCAUUAACUCUGGGAUCCUUUUUGAACCGUGUAAGGUUUCCGACAAGUGUGCGUUUGUUUUUAACCGGCAGUGGGGGCACCGAGAAACCGCUUGAAACCGCCGGACCCCGAUUGAUGGAUUGUAUUCAUGUUGAAGUUGAGGGUGGAUAGCUGGGACGACUGCAAGCGGACGACGAAAGUUGAUAUGUGAGAGAGAAAAAGAAAUCGAGUUAGAAAAGCGUGUCGUCGUCGGACGAAUAAAACGUACUGUAGCACAUGUAAUUCGAACGUGUCAACAGCGGUAACCUGUUCCGGUGCGUGACUUUGCACCGUACUGCGUGCCGACCAAUGUCCGCCUUUACGAAACUCACUCCGACGUGCCACGAACUCAAGGAAGAAGCAUAAUCUAAUUUCAGUAGAAUUCGGUGCGAAAGUAUACAAAUUAGCGUAACAGUAAAGGCAAAUAAUUACUCGUGUAUGCCAUUAAUUCAGCACACUGGUACCUUUGGCCAUCGUCAUCGGAGAUAAAAAGGCGAAAUUUUAUCCAAACAGUUUGAAAAAUUCACGGGCGCCGGGAAAAGUUCGCGUAAACAGUCGAAUGACGACACAGUGCGAGUGAAAAGUGAUACACCCAACGGGUGGUCACCAGCCAAAAGCAGGAUAUGACCAAUUGCGGUGCGAAAAUUGCAUAAGAAUAAAUAGCACAAUUUAGCAGCAAUUAAAGCUGUUUCCGAGCCGCCGUCGGUGCAGAUAACCUAUAUUUGUUUGGUCCGAAUAACGCACCGAGUCAGCCGUUGCCGCUGGCAGAUCGUACUGUAACGUUUGAAAUUAACAAAACAGUUAACUUUUUGCAACGCGCAUUUAAACGAAUGUAAUUAAUAGCGAAUCUACGUUUCUUCCGUCCUCAGUGGAACAGUGGGCCGGUACCGACGGGUGCCGAUUUCUGCGGACGCGUGACGUCGUUUGAACAUUACGGUUCGCCUGUAGCCGCGUUUCAGAAUUUCGACUGGCGUUCAUCAGAUUCCAAGCCAACUGAAUUAACGAUAACGAUGAUACUCAAAGCUGCGUUACCAGAUAUAUGUGUGUGAAAUUUGUAUUGUGAUUAUAAAUCUUGCAUGAUAUAUCAUCAACGUCAAGCGCAAAGCGUUCCCUGACCGUCCUCUGGAAAUCAUGGGGCCAGAAAAUCUCGAAACAACCAACGAAGAGUGAGUAAUUGUGGGACAUAAAACUUGGAUGUUUUCGCGGUUUCCUUCGCCAAAGGCAUAAUCGAUCUUCGGAAAGCCGGAAAGAAGUGACAGAAAAGACAGUGCGCGACGACACUUAUCGUGAAACGGUUGCUUCGGAAGAUAAGGUCAUCCGCUGCCAAUUUGAAUUGUUCCUCUAAGAUGAAGUGAACGUUGAAUAAGAUGGAAUAGUGAUUGAGCACAGUGAAAGUUAAUGUUGUACACCUCGGCUCGUGCUAGAGCUAUGCUGGCUAUUCCCGGUUGUUUGUGCUACGUGCGGUAGGGCGGAAUUUCUCCUGCAAAUGUGAAUAACUGUAUGAAAUGGUGACAUUAAUGCCUUGUAGUUACAUAUCUGCGCCCCGGAUCUCCAUCAUUGAUAAAAUGAUAGAGAUAGAACCAAAGGGUAAAAGAUCACGCACUGAAGGACCAGAGCUAACAGAUAGGAGUCGAAAUUACAACUCCACGUCAGUAUCAAGUCUGAGCACCAGCACUUCGGCAGACAGCUGCUUGCCACCGGGUGGUUCCACGCUUCAUUAUCCGACGGCUUCACACACAACAGGAUCCUACCCGCUGCUGAACAAUAACUAUCGUCCUCUAGGUGGUUCUGCCAGUAUUUCCAGUGCAGCGCACAACGGAUUUAGUUUGCCGUACGCUUCCGCUGUAAGCCACGGUUCCUCGUCUGGGGGUAGUGUCGCCAGGUUAAACGGUGGCGUUACGUCGACAAUUACAUCUGCCGGUAGCAGCAGUGGCGGGACCGCAGCAAGCUCUUUGGAUGGAAUAUCAUCGUCUAGUGGAGUCACCAGCAGUGGCAUUAGCUUGAGUGGAACUAGUGCAUCAGCUGCAACACUGGGUCCGUCCGAGCUGGGAAUGUCUCACUGGCUGACUGACGGUACAGUCAAGUCUGAAAUUCGAAGUCCCGGAUUAGACGCGUCUAUUUCGUCUGGAAAUCUUCCUGUUGGCGCAACUCACCUAGACAGCUCACUCUUCUGCGCAAACCCUAACAAUCUGGACGCCCUUCAAAGUUCCGCCAACUCGUACGACAAAUCCGAGUACUAUUCCUACACCUACAACAUGCAGCAAUACGCACCUUUUACUUACUCGUCCUACGGUUCACCGUAUCAGGCACGAAGUUCGUCGAAAAUACCUUCACCAAAUACAUAUCUUCCGUCCAGCUAUGCAGCCGCGGCCGCGAACAACAAUUCGGCACAAAUCUACUCGUCCUACGGGUAUAACAAUUUCGCUCAGUUCGGUACUAGCCAACAGGACUACUACAACUACAACGAUCCAACGUACUCGCCAUACUACCAGACUGCAACCUAUCCACCGUACGUCAGCUCACCUGGCUCGAGUGGGAGUCAAAGUUUCCAUGUGGCAGCGGGUUUAUCAGCGGAGAGUCCCUCCGAAGUACAUUCGGCCGCUACUCCCACCAUGCUAGCUCAUUCUCAUUCACCGCAAUCCCCGCUGUCUAUUUCACCCACCAUUCAUGGUGGAUCUACAGCUGCCGUAGCAGCGGCAGCUGCGGCCGCAGCCAAAACGACCCCCACCGGGAAACCGGGUAGAGCACGUGGACGUCGGCACGCGAAUCCCAGCCCAACGAGAAGUUCCACCUCCGAGCCGGGCGUGACGGAAAAAGCACCGGAGCGGAUUUUCGUUUGGGACCUGGACGAAACAAUUAUCAUCUUCCACUCGUUGCUGACCGGAACGUAUGCGGCCAAGUAUAAUAAGAGUCGAGACCACCACGUUCAGCUGGGCUACCGAAUGGAGGAGCUUAUCUUCACUAUGUCCGACGCAUUUUUCUUCUUCAAUGAUCUGGAAGAGUGCGACCAGGUACAUAUCGACGACGUGUCCUCCGACGACAAUGGACAGGAUUUGAGCAAUUAUAACUUCUCCGCCGAUGGUUUCCACACCGGAACGGCCCAAGGAGCUCCACCUAAUAUUUGCCUUCCUAAUGGCGUCCGCGGAGGCGUCGACUGGAUGCGAAAGCUGGCAUUUCGCUAUCGGAAAAUUAAGGACACCUACAACACCUACCGAAAUAAUGUGGGCGGUUUGCUAGGACCCCAGAAGCGUGAGCACUGGCUGCAGGUACGGUCGGAUAUUGACUUCGAGACGGACAGCUGGCACAGCCUAACGUUGAAGUGUUUGAACAUGAUCGCCCAGAGGGAAAACUGCGUUAAUGUACUGGUGACUACGACGCAGCUGGUUCCGGCGUUGGCCAAGGUUCUGCUGUACGGUUUGGGGCAGAUCUUUCCCAUAGAGAAUAUUUAUAGUGCAAAUAAAAUAGGUAAGGAAUCCUGCUUCGAACGAAUAGUAACCAGGUUCGGUCGCAAGAGCACGUACGUCGUCGUAGGUGACGGCCAGGAUGAGGAAAGCGCUGCCAAAAAUCUUAACUUUCCCUUCUGGCGGAUAUCCAGCCACAGCGACAUCCGGUCGCUGCAUACGGCCUUGGAAAUGGGAUUCUUAUGAAGAUGCUCAGCACCGUCCAGUCAUCGGUUUCCGUGUUGCCGUCAUGCCGCAGUUCCUCCGCUGUGGAGCUCCGUUGUGGUGACCAACACCGUAAGGUCAUCACGGUCUUGCUGUGAAUGCGUAGAAAGAUAGGAGAGAUCUAGUGAAAUUCUACAGUCUAGCUUUAUCGAGGAGAGAAAGAUAAGCACCGAAAGACAUUUGUUCCAUUUAUUGAAUGUAGCGUCUAAGUCUCAAAUUAUGUAAAUUCGUAUAGAGGAUUAACAUUGCACGCCGUGUAUCAGAAUCAAACCAAAACGACAUAUUCUCGCAAGAUCGCACAGCCAGUUUUAUUCGUCUCGCCAAAUGCCGGUCUAAUUUUUCUGCAAAAUGUACCAUAGCUAGUGAACCUUUUGUAAAGACUAUAUAUUUUUUAUUUUCUAGUGAAUAGAAACUGCAUUUAUCAAAUGCUCAAACAAUCGUACACUAUUUGUUCGUCUCCCAGUGGCAUGUAAAAUUUAAGUUGUGCAAAGGAAUCAAAUGUGAAAUAAAUUGUAAGUAUUUUUCGUAUUAAAACAUUUCCAUGAGCACAGCAAUUAUAUUACUGUCGAUUUGUAAAAACAAGGCAAAAAAAGUAGUUUUCUUGCGCCUUCGUCUCAGCAAACAAGUUUAUUAUUGUUUAAUGGGGCUCUAGGAAUGUCGCGGAUAGUUGCUUUAAAGUUAAAUAUAUUUCAAAAAGGUAAAUAUCAACUAUUUAGUCAAUAUCGAAAUUUCUAUUCACAGCGAUAGAAACCCAACGGUUAUUAAAAUAUAUCAAAUGAUCGGUACGAAUAGAAUGUGAACUUUUCAAACUAUUGUGUUAUAGACAUUACUAAGGCACCUGUAAAUAGAGUAUCAUGUAAGAUUAAGAAUCAAAUCAAAAUACGACUAUUAGCCGCUAUAAUAAUGGUUGCAAAUUAAUUCUUCUGUAAAGAGAUACUGGAACAAGCAGGUAUUUAUGAGCCAAUAAAUAAACAAC